AUGGCUAAGAUGUGGGAAUGCGACGCCUUCCUGGAAGAUGGGGACGAAGACUUCAGUUCUUACGUGGAAAGAUUCGGACACUACUGCACGGUAGCCAUAGCCAAGGUGGAAGGCGAGGCACUUAAGAAGUCGGCGUUCAUCACAGCCAUCGGAAAAAAAAUCCUACAAGACGCUAAAAGACCUUCUUCUACCUGCGAAACCGGAAGAGAAGACGUACGCAGAUUUGGUGAAGGGUUGCGGAACCCGGCCAUCCAAAAAGGACUGCUCAAGAAAAAAGAACUCACAUUCGACUUGGCGUGUGAUUUUGCAAAGAGUGUCGAGCUGGCCGAACGAGAAUCGCGGGGGUUUCAGCCGACCUCAGCGUCGGACCCUAACGUGCACGCUAUCAAGAAAGCCAGCGGACGUCCAGCUUCGGUAAGCGAAACGUCAAGCGCACCUAAGAAGAAAUGCACUCGAUGUGGCGAAGACCAUUACGCAGCUUUGUGCCGUUUCCGGAGGGCAAAGUGCUAUCAGUGCACGCGGUUCGGGCAUCUGGCGCGAGCAUGCCGAGCAAAGCAAUCGACUGAUGGAGCUGUUCACAACCUGAGUGAGCAAGAAGACAACAAUCCGGAACUGCAACUAUACAACGUGUAUCAUGUGAAUCCUGAAAAUCCGCCGUUUGAAGUGGAAGUCCGACUAGAAAAACAAGCGGUGAAGAUGCAAGUCGAUACCGGAGCGGCUGUCUCACUCAUAUCAGAAAACGCGUUCAAGCAGCUCGCAAAGCCUCCGCCCCUCAGAAAAUGCGCAGUGAGAGUCAGGACGUACGGGGCAGCACCACUCCAAGUUCAGGGACAAGCGGAAGUCUCGGUGGAUUUCAACGGGAAGUGCAAGGUACUUCCGAUCAUCGUGGCAACCGGAGGCGAACCAGCGUUAUUAGGAAGAGACUGA